AUGUCAAAAUCAUCCUGGCAAGAUGGCACCGCGAAAUGUUAUUCUUCUAAUCGUUCCGGUAAUGGUAAACGCUACAUUAUACUUCAUGCUGGAAAUGAUGAGGGUUUUAUUCCGGAGGCUAGUUUAAUUUUUUCGUCCACAAAGAAUACAGGUGAUUACCAUGGAAAUAUGGAUGCAGAUAUUUUUGAAGAAUGGUUUGAAGAAAAUUUUUUGAAAAAAUUGGAGCGACCAUCCAUAUUAGUGUUGGAUAAUGCAUCCUACCACUCCAGAGUAGAAGAGAGAUUUCCUUCAAGCAGCUGGACAAAAGAAGAAAUACAGUUGUGGUUGACAGAAAAGAAAAUUUAUCACAGUGACAUAUUUUUAAAAGUUGAUUUACUUCAAAGGUGUGGAGAGCACAAAAUUCAAAAGAAAUUUGUUACUGACCAAAUGGCUCUUAAAUAUGGCCAUGAAGUUCUUCGACUUCCGCCCUGCCAUUGCCACUAUAAUGCAAUUGAAUUAGUUUGGGGUAUAGCCAAAAUUUUUAUGAUAAACAUGCAUCCAAAACAACAGAUGCCGCUAGCGUUGUUAGUUUAUGGAAAGAAUCGCUAG